UAGCAGACGAAUUCGUUUAUAUAUAUAUGUAUGCAUCAUGUUUAACGAACAAAAUACGUAGUUCUCCUUUUAGAAAAAUGAUGUUAAAUUAAAUAAUGGUAUGUAAUGGUACAAAUAUCUCGUUUUAAAUUCUUUCCCUAUUUAAUGAAUCUAAUGUUAUAAAAUAACCAAAAUGACAUUAGAAAACAGAGGUUAUCAAUAUAAAAUAACAAGAAAGGAAGAAACUAAGGAAGUCAGAUUGGCAUCUCGGAACAAAAAUAAUAGAAACGGGGAGCAAAAUCCUCUACGACGCCAUGAUCAGAAAUCAACGGUUUCCGAUUUGGUGUAUAAAUAUUUAAGGAAGAUCGCGUACACCGAUAGCGUUCGAAAACAACGUAAUAAUGCAUGUAACAAAUUUCGAAGAAGAAACGCAAGAAAGAGAAUCAUCCAUUCGCGCAGAAACUCAAAUACAGAUAACAGAUUAAGAUCUUAUGUAAGUGAAGCACUUUCUUUCGCGGUGCAUUCUGGUUAUUUAAUCCCCAUCGAUCGUACCGGAAGGUUUCUACAACUUUCCCCAUGUUUGACGCUAUUUUCAACGAAAAAUAAAAAUAAUAUGUAUAAACCAAUAAAAAGGUAAUAUAUAAUGAUACAAAAAAGCAAGUAAAAACGGAAUAAAAGGUACGAAGAUCUGUUUAUUAUACAUUUGAUAAAAUUUGUAUAAAAUAUUGUAAGCACAAAACGUUACGUGAAAAAUAUUCCAUUCAAAAAUAAUUUUUUAUCAUUCAAAAGAGCACUCCACUUGGAGUAGUUACUUAUUAAUAAUUUAGAUCAAAGUCACGUUUAGCAGAGUCACGAGCUCAACGAAAAAUUUAAUUAUUUCUGUUUCGUCGAUUCUCUUGUCGUUUACAUUCAUCUUGACAACGUUUAAUCCACGCUUUUAGUUCUCUUUCCCGCUUUUUGUCUCCAGAAGACAAAAUCUUUCCUUGCAAUUCACUGUAAAAAUUGUCCACGUUAUCCGAUAAUGCUUUGUUUGAUCUAUUGUUUCCUAUCGUUGUUCUAUCAACAAUUUCCAUCGUUCUAUUUCUUCCCUGAACAUUUCUUCUUCUCGAGGACUUUAUCAAGAAAUCCUGAACUGGUCUCGUUUGUCUUUCUUCAUUUAUUCUUCUGUGAUCAUUUUCUUGCACAUCUUCUCUUUCUUGCACUCUUGAAUUAUUAUUAUGUUUAGCGUUUCUUUGCACUUGAUCCUCGCAUACACAUUCAUCUUCGCCUACGUCUUCGUCAGUCAUAUUACAAGAGCAUUCUGGUACUUCUCUAGCUGCAACAUUCUCUUCAUAUUCUUCGUGUCGUCUUCGAGUAUUUCUUUUUGAUUUAUUGAUCCAUACUUUUCGACUUUUGCUCGUAGGUUCUGAUUCUUCGUCAGUUGUCGUUUCACAGUCGCAAUCGUCACCAUUAUCAUCGCGUUUCCUGCGAAGUUUCGGUGUCUUAACUGGCGAAGACAACGCGCAAUCCCUUCGACCUUUCGAGCAAGUGGCUUGGUUCAUCGAGAUCGCAUUUGGUCCGAUUAAAUGAUACUCGUUUUCUAACAAUUCCAUAACGAAUCUAGGAUAGAAAUUUAUCGAUAAGUUAUCUUAACUUUUAGGGCGAAAGAAGAGUGCUAUUCUGCACCACGUCAUAAGAAUAAUUAUUUGGAAAUUCAUUGUCGCUCUCUUUAUAUUUUUUAAAGUCCUGUAACUAUUUACUUAACAUUAGUAAUAUAUAUAAUGAUAGUAUAU